GCCAUCUCUCCAGCCCGCUUUUGUGUAUUUUUAUAGUUAUUUCCUUUUUAGUCAAUACAGGCUCAUGUAAAAUAUCAUUUCGGUGCAACAAUAUUUUCAGUUGAUAACUUUUGUUUAUGAAUGUUGAUCACAUACAUAAACUCUGUCCCUUUAUUUCUUUCUCCUUUUAUGUUUCCUUUACUGUGUCUAUAGAUUUCAUAGCUGUAGUUAUUUAUGUUUUUGUCUUUUAGCUCAUAUAAUAGAAUUAAAAGUGAUACAUGGGCCUGCAAGAUGGCACAGCAGCUAAAGGUGCUUGCCCUGAGUUUGAUCCUGGAACCCACCUAGUAGGAGGAGAGCAUGGACUCCUUUAGUUUAUUCUUUGACCUUCACACUCGAACUGUGGCAUGCUUCUCCCCAUCCCCAAUUAAAUAAAUGAAAAAAAAAUUGUUUGUGUUUUAUAUGAUGUCUCAUGUUACAGUAUUACAGGAUUUUGAUUGUUUAUGUAUUUACUUUUCCAGCAAGCUUUAUACUUUCCUAUGUUUCUGUGUUGUUAUCUAGUGUGCUUGGAAGGGGUAUCUAACAUUCCCUUUUAGGCAUGUUUAGUGGUGAACUCAUUCAAACUUUUAUGCAUCUGAGAAUGCUUUUUUUUUUUCCCUGAUAUGUGUAGUGUUUUGAUAGUUUUGCUAGCUACAGUAUUUUUGGUUCAUGACCCUCCCUGAAUAUGCAUUUACUCCCUUCUGGCUUGUGAAAUCUCUGCUGAGAAAUCAGCUGAUGGUCUUAGGAUUUUUGCAGUGAUGCCAUGUUUUAAAUCAAUUUGUUCAUCAAAGACUUGAACUCUGAAUCUGAGAAGAGAAAGCAUUGUGCUUUAUGAGGCCACAAAGCAAGGUAGGCGACAGCAGUGUGUCUAUCCGCUAACUCGGCAUCUAAGUUAAAAUCUGAGCAUUCUGUUAUUUCUGUCUGUACUGAAAGAAGCUUGGAGAGCAGGAGGCUCAAGAGCUGGUAAUGACAUCUGGGUAAAGAAAUAUACGCGUAGGUGUUUCACUGUGAAAAUAGCAGCCCAUACUUCCAGACCCAAAAUAUUUUUUAUAGAUGUGCUUAAUUUGUGUUUUUCUAGUGCAGUAUCUUUGCUUUAUUCUUUCUACCUAUGUGUUUACUUAAUUUAGGUUAUGAGUGUCAUAAGAAUGAUAACGACUCAAAGAUUAUUUAGUGUAAACAUUUCUGACAUUUUUGUUUGUUUGUUUCUGAACCAGGCAGAGGAAAGGGUGAAUGCUUCUUGAGUGCCAAGGCUCUUAAACUGUACUUUUAGGGCAUGAAUACAGUAUUUUAUUUCUGUCCUGACAAUAUAAUUAAAACAUUUAUUUAAGAGGCACAUGAUGAAAUACACUAUUUUAUAAAAUGCCACUAAGUGCACUGAUUGCCAGUUCUAUAACUAAGGAUCUGUCAGAGGGCCCCGGUAGAAACCAUCACACGAGAGAUAAUUGAUUGAGACCAGUAGAAAGCAAUCUAAGAUAACCUUUUGUUUUUAAUUAAAAUGGGAAAUAAGAAGCCAGUUCAAAAAAUUGUCUUCCUUUAUUUGUCCAAAGUGAGAGCAAUGGAGUUUCCAUUCCAGCAAAGCCCCAGCACCUGUGAAAAUACUUAGGAAUUCUGGCUGUGUACCAUGAGGUUGUCUCCAGUGCUGGCCUUGCCCACAUGCUGCUGUGAUAUACUAUGGCAAGGAUCAUUAGCAAAUUAAUAUUUUUAGCUGUCACAUGUUUUGGUGGCAGGGUUAAGAGGACAUUUUUCCUUCUUGAAAUUAAAGUCAGUGCCCUUUAAGAAGCUUAGAAGAAAUGGGCUUUCUAAGAUAGAAGACAUGAGUAGACGCUGCAUACAAGCCUUUGAAAUGUGGAGUGUGGAAGGUUAGUUUUUGGACUGCAUCCUCAUCUAUCAAGCUAAGGCUGGACUUAUAGUAAAGACUCAUGCAUUAUUUAAAGUGGAGUUUUUGCUUGUUCUUUUGAGACCGGACUUUUUAGUACAGGCUGCUUCAACUCACUGUAUAACCUCAUCAACCCCAAAUCUGUAGUCCUCCAGCCUCAGUAUCUGUAGUACUAGGAUUGUGGUACAUGUCACCAUGCCAAGUUCUUUUUCUAUCUUUCCUUUUAAUGGUUUUUAAUUUUUUUUACAACCAAAAUAUAAUUGCACCUUUUCCUCCCUUCAAUUUUCCUAUGUCCCCUGCUCUUAAGUCAUGGCUUUUUUCAUUAUUACUACAUAUAUUUGUGUAUAAAUAUAUCAGUACAACCUUCUCAGUCUGUUCAGUGUUGUUUGUAUAUGAUUUCAGGUCUGACCAUUGGUAUUGGAUAAACAAUUAAGGGGCUCAUCCCCAGGAAAAACUAAUUUCCUCUCAUUAGCCAUUAGUUGCUUAUAGUUCUCUGAUUAGGGAUAUGCCCACAUGAGAUUUCCCCUUUCCACAUUAUGUGUAUAUUUUUAAUAUUGUCCUUAAGUUGUCUUUAGGCAGCCUUAUUGUGGAGGGAUCCUAGGUGAAGUUUCCCUUUCAUUUCUCGAAGGCACAAUCUCGCAGCACAUUUCCUAGUCUCCUGUCUUUUAGAAUCAUUCUACCCCACUCCCUUCCCUGUCCCAUGUUCCUGAGAUGUAGGUGCAGGAAUUGUGUUCAGUGGGGCUGGGCACACCACAAUUACCUGUUCUCUGAAUUUGACCAGUUGUGUUCUUUUUGUCAUGGUCUCUGUCUACUCCAAAGAGAAGUUUCUUUGAUGAGGGUUGAGAGCUAUAUUUACCUUUGGGUAUGAUGAUUAGUAUAUACAAUACAGUUAAGACUUUUGUUAGUUUAGUCAAGAGAUAAUAGAAAGUUUUCUUCUAAGAUGCAUGAUCUCACUAGCUCUGGAUAGUUGGGUACGUUUCUACGACCCUUCUGGCAAGCAGGCCUUAAGUCCAAUUAGAAAGCUUUUGUUUACUACCAAGAUAUGAGUGCCACUAUUGCGCCCUGAUGGAUAUCUUGCCAUGCUGGUUAUUGUUGUGAUUCAUAGACUUCACAGCUCGAUAGAAGUAUUGAUGCCCCCCUCACCCCUGCCCCCUCCCAUGGCAGCUUGCAUAACAUCUUUUAGUAUGAUGAAAGCCAGUCCACAGGGAAGAGGCUUUUAUGUCAACUCAGAUCCUUUGGAUCUUGAGCCUGAGUACAAUAGGGUCUUAACUUCAAUCUCUAGGAGGGAACCAAAUAUGCCCAGUUCUUGAAUUGAAUUCCAAAGUGUCUUCUUUAGCUACAGUAUGCAUAAAACACAGUUCACUCACCAAAAGUGUAUAACUCAAUCUUUUUUUUUCUUUUUACUGUAUUUAGAGCAUUGUAUAUGUAUUGGAGAUUGUUUUUGCUAUUCAGCCUCUCUUGCUUUUAGGGCUAGUGCCCCUCACCAAAUAAUUCAGCUGGGAUUUUAAUAGGGAUUUCACUGAAUGGAGAUCAUUGUGGAAAAUAUUGUCGUUUUAACCUUUAUUCUUGUGACCGAUAAAUAAACUUAUUCUCUCAUUUUAUUGUGUUAUGCAUAGAGAUUGAAAUAGGGGCUUAUAGAGACAUUAUAAACUAUGAACCUCCUUUGUAGUACCCUGAUUUUAGUUAUUUCAUGCAAAAAUAACCUAAUUGGAUAUACCACUAUGUGGUGUUAUUUAUUGUUUGUUUAUUUUAAAUUUUGAGUGUCAGUUUGAACUAUAAACUUCUUUGGGGUAGCCUAUAUAUUAAAUUUCUUAUUAUUUGGUAUCAUAGUUGUUUAAGAAGCUAUGUUAAUGUUUGAAAGCUCAUUAUAAUAGAGUUGGAAUAUGAGUGCUAGUAGGAAAUUGCUGUUAAUAGUAAAUAGGUGACAUUUCUAAUCCUCAUUCAUCCAUAGUCAUGUUUUUGCUUUGAAGAAAUAAGAGAUGGGCAUUGCUUUCUGGAGUUCAUCACCAGGCCCAAUUUACAUGUCCUUUAAAUUUAUCUUAGGUACCAAAUCUGAUUCCAGUUUUGAUGUUCAAAUUGGGAAGACCUUUAGAGCCUGUAUUAUACAAUGACAUAUUGUAUACUUUACCUACUCUUGGUGUUCACAAGGUAUGUAUAGGGCAGAUUCUGCGGGUAAUCCAACUGCUUGGAACCACUCCACGACUAAGAGCUGUCACAUUGCGCCUGUUGACAUCUCUGUGGGAAAAGCAGGAUCGUGUAUACCCUGAACUGCAGCGUUUCAUGGCCAUGUCUGAUGUACCCUCUCUCUCUGUGAGCAAGGAGCUCCAGUGGGAGAAACUGAUUGCAAAGGCUGCGUCCAUUAGAGAUAUAUGUAAACAGAGGCCCUAUCAGCAUGGUGCAGACAUGUUGGCAGCCAUUUCUCAGGUGUUGAAUGAAUGUACCAAGCCUGAUCAAGCUACCCCAGCUGCCUUGGUGUUACAAGGUCUUCAUGCACUCUGCCAGGCUGAGGUAGGUAUUUCUGAAUGAUUUUUGUAUAGCUCU